CGUACACUUUCUAGUCUAAUUUAUGAUUUCAUGCGCGUGCGCCCAAUCCUAUGGCUAUAUCAGUGUUUGUGAUUAUGGUUAAGAUUGAGUAAUUAUUUCUCUUCGUCUUGGAUUAUUAGUUGUUAAAUUUUGUUGAUCGAAGUGCGUUGAAGAAAUUGCAACUUGCGGUUCGUGGUAACGUUUGUUUCAUUUUUUGGUGCAUCGUUUUCAUUAGACAACUAAUCACAGUUCUCGAAUCAUCAGUGUGAAAUCUUGACUGCUGAAAUGUUGUAUGGACCAACACCCUUUGCUGUGUGUAUUUUGAUACCAGAAGAAAAAUGGAAAUACCAGAUAUUCAUGUAAGAGUUCUAUUUGAUUUCGAAUACCCGACCAGAGAUGGUAAAAAGAUUACGAUCAAAGAAGGAGAAAAAUUAUACUUGAUUAAGAAAACUAAUGAAGAUUGGUGGCAAGUUAUUCGUAACUCCGGAAGACCUUUUUACGUUCCGGCAUCGUACGUGGAAGAAAUUUCACGUACAGGUUUGAAAAAUGAUAGAAAGUACGAUACAGUGAGAGAAUCCAUAACGCCCAGAACUCAAGCACCUAUGGAUACUUACAGAAUGCGUUCAAGCUCCGUUGACACGCAGCCAACGCACGAUAAAAUUAAACCACUUAUUCCAAAAAGGACAAUUUUCAUCGAUACUCAACGAAACCAUAAUCGUGAAUCGACUCCGGUCAUUACGCCUAAUACCGACUGCAAUGACGAAGAGGUCGAUUACGUUAACAUUGAUAAACAGAACAUCGAGCUUAAUGUGCAUUCCGAAGUUUUGGUAAACAAAACAAAUCACGAUUCAGAUAAAACUAUGUCAUUAUCUGGGUCGAAUAACGACCCCAAGUCGAACAAUGUAAGUAAUCUAAUCACCUCCGAUGAUGACACUUUUACCAACGGUUAUUCGCACGUUCAUUUCAAAAGUUGUAAUAUGCCUUCAAUCGAUAACCAGUUACCAAUUAAUCUAUCUAAUUCGCUGGAAGAAUUAUCUCAGGAAAUAGAGAAGAAAACUCGAAUCGGUAAUGUUAAAUCGGACACCAGUUAUUCGAGAAUUGAUAAUAUAUUUAAAAGCAUUAGCAAAGAUAUGCCUGUACCAGCGAAAAAUAUCAACGAAGCUGGUAAUUCUGGUUUGAAACAAGUCAAUAAUAAUUGCGAAUCGUUCAUACCGUGCAGAAAUGACAACGAACUUAAGAAUAAACUUCAUUAUUCAGGUAGUUUCAAAACUAAACACGAAAGAGAGAAAUGGGCUAAAAAUUUUGUUAUGCAAUCGAUGCGCGAGGAAGAUUUUCAAACGGAUAAUUCGGCUUCGCCUAUCGAAAACGACAUUCCAGCGAGUAACAACGACAGUAACAACAAUCUGAACAAUAUCGCUUCAUCGGUCGCGAAACUGAGUUCGGAUAAUUUAAAUAAUACUUCUACUAUAAAAAGUGAUUCGAGCAGUGGUAUUUGUACUAAAAGUGAUAAUGGUGAUGUCGAUAGUGUUAAAAGUGAUAAAAAUUGUGAUGCCAAAAUUUCCUCCCCUGUUACCAAUGAAGAUAAAAUUGACGUCCACGUCUCCACAUCUAGCUCGAUUAGCGAUAAUAUGAAGAUUUAUUUUGAUAGCAGUACCGAAGACUUGGAUAAAAAUCCGGCCAAUUGGUCCGGCUCCAGACUCACACCGUCCGAUAAAGGAUCCACCGAUAGUUUAUUGGAUGUAGAUACUCAAUACAGUGUACAAGAAGAACUAUCCAUUUGUACGACAGCCUCGGAUUCUCUGCUUCACACCAGUGACACUAGCGAAGAUGGCUUGAGUGGCAUUUUACGAGAGGAGCCAUCUCCCGAUGAUAAUCGACAUAAAAAGAAACCAGCGCUGAAACGUAAUAAAAGGGUGGAAUCAUGCAGACUGAGAUUUCCAAUUCGAGGCGUUUCGCCACCGGUGCCCGAAGAACAUCAGCAACCAUCCCGUGAAUUAUUCAACGGUUGGUGCGAAUAUACAUUUACAGACGGCCGCACGUUUUUCUACAAUUCGAGAACCGGUGAGAAGAGUUGGAAACCGCCGCGACGACGAUGCAACACAGACGAUAAAAACAGCAAACUCAGCGGCAGCACGUGCUACCUGUAUUCGGGCAGUUCGAGUCCAUUAGCCGAAGUGGACGAAAACCACGGAGAUGGCGGCGGCGGCGCUGGCGGAAUUGGUGGCGUUGACGACGACAGUGUUUUCGAAAAAGACGGCUACUUCAACGUUGUUCCGAAAGGAUGGCGUAUAGAAGCCGACCCCGAAAAAGGAUGUAAAUGCUUCGUGAACUUGGUGACCGGCGCUAAGUGGUUUUAUUCAAUCGACGACGAAGGCCGAGUUUACUACUUCGAAGAGAACAGCACCGAAUCGUCGUGGACGUUGCCAGUCGCUGGCUCCAGUGCCUUCAAUGAAAAAACCGAAGACCAGUCGCAAUCGCAGCCAGAUCAUGUUUACUCGAAUUUACCCGUCAUUACUAGAAGCAGUAUUACACCGAAUGAAAAUACCGUUACCGCUACCGAUAAUAGUCGAAAUAGAGCCAUUAAAUCGAAAUCUAUGAUUUUAAUGGAACCUAAAAAUGACGACCCACCGGUAUCCUUUUCAUCGCAGAAAUGGCCUCAGUUGAAUAAUGGGCAAAUGUGUAUUUUAAAAGAAGGUACCCUGAACCGGACUAAAAUUACGGAAAACGCCAAACGUAUUCGAAAAAAUUGGACAUCUUCGUACGUAGCUUUAACCGAACUAUCGUUGUUGUUUUUCAAAGAUCACAAAUCAUUCACCGCGUGGAAAAACAGCGGCGGUCAGCCACCGGAAAUGUGCGUAGAAUUGAACGGAGCUUUGAUCGAUCGAGGAGAUAAAGUAUCCAGUCGCAAGAACGUCUAUAUGAUCAGUACUCUUCUCGGUUUACAAGUUCUAAUCCAAAAUGACUCGACUCAACAGGUCGAUCUAUGGUUGGAAGCUAUUCAGUCUGUGAUUAAAAAAUUACCGUUCGGCUCCGAUAGUUGUUCUCGCCUUAUACGUAAUCCUCCAGUUAAUGUCGACGAUGCAUCGCUGGAAACAGAAUCAAAAAAAAAUUCCAAAGUUACCCGAUCCAAGUCUGUUAAAGCUAAAAAUAAAGAUGGCAGUAUGGAAGAUUUGACCGUCAGUUCAGCCGAACGUCAGACUAAAAUUAAAGCCAAAUUAAAGAAAUUCUUCCACCGUCGUCCAACAAUGGAGUCAUUAGUUAAGAAAGGAAUUUGGAAAGAUGAACCAGCGUUCGGUUGUUUUCUAAGUCAAGUUGCUGGCAACGAAACUCCUCGCGUGCCUCUGUUCGUUCAACGCUGCAUUAACUGUAUCGAAAAAUCCGAAGAAAAUAUGAAAACAGACGGAUUAUACAGAGCCUCCGGUAAUUUAUCGCAAGUGCAAAAAAUCAGAUUGCAAGUUGAUCAAAACAAUUUAUCUGUGAUAGAAGAAGAAGAAGACGUGCACGUGUUGACCGGUGCCUUAAAAUUAUUCUUCAGGGAAUUGAAAGAACCUCUUAUACCGUACCAAUUAUUCCAAAAAGCCAUUAAAGCUGCUCACAAUCACAAUAAAAAAGAAAAAAUAUCGCAGUUUCGCGAAAUAGUCAAAGCUUUGCCUCAAGCUAAUUACGACACGUUGAAAUUUCUUCUACAGCAUUUGCUAAGAAUUUCCGAAUACCAAGAAUUCAAUAGAAUGCACAUUCCAAAUAUAGCCAUUGUUUUCGGACCAACGUUAAUGUGGCCCGAGCAGGAAUCGAAUAACAUGGCGUUAGACCUAAUGCAACAAAAUCUAGUUAUUGAAUGUUUAUUGGUGGAAUUUGAUAAAAUUUUUAGGUGAAAGUCAACAUUUUUCCGUCGUUACCAUGUAAUUUUUAAUUUAUAAUUAUUUAUUCGCGAAGUCGAACAUUCCGUAACUAUUAUUAACAUGUUACGAAAGUAAUGAUCAGUAUUAUGGUUUUUUGUUUUUUGGUUCGAACAUUUCCCCCUGGCCCCUUUUUGAGAAAUCAUACUCGUUGAAUAAUUACCCCCCAAAUUCUGAAGCCCACUUUGUUUUUAUUAUGUGACGGUGUUUAUUACCUUUUUUUAAGAAUUUGAUAACAAAGAGCUUAUUUUAUCCUUUCAAAAGCUGAAUGUGAUAAUUCGUACAGGCCUGAGAAUGGAUAACGAGACGAUGUAUUUAUUAGGCUCGUUAUGCGUUGUAUUUAGGCCUACUGUUUUUCCAAUAAUUUAUUACUGCUUUCAUUUGUAUCACUAUGAAAAUGUUUUACGUUAGAUACUUACCUACUUUAUUUAUUAUUGAUUAUUAUUAUCAUAAAUUUUUGUAUCAAUUUGUAUAUACAUGGUAAGAGAAGAUAUCUUGUUUAUGAUACAAUAAUAAUGUACUUUUUAUGAAAUACAUUUUUAUCGAAAGUUCCAA